UAUUGUGAAAUCCGGAGCCCGAAGCCCCCCUCUGUCUUCACUGCGGCUCCUCGUGUUUUUACCGAAGAGAGAACCAAGAAGAAACAUUUUACGAUCCCAACUCAGACCAAAAACAGCCCAAAAUGGACAUGAAAAAGAGGCUCUCGCUGGAGUUGAGGCACCGGUCUCCUUCAGAGAUGAAGGAGCUGGUUCUGGACAACUGUCGCUCAAGUGAAGGGAAGAUUGAGGGAAUCACAGAAGAGUUUGCAAACCUGGAACGUCUCAGCCUCAUCAAUGUCGGUCUGACCAGCGUCGCAGAGAUCCCUAAACUUCAGAAACUCAAAAAGUUAGAGCUGAGUGACAACAGGAUAUCUGGGGGUCUGGAGGUUCUGGCUGAGCGACUGGUGAAUCUUACACAUCUGAACCUGAGCGGGAAUAAGUUCAAAGAUAUCAGCACGCUUGAGCCACUGAAAAAGUUGCCCCAGUUGAAGAGCCUGGACCUGUUUAACUGUGAAGUGACAAACCUGGCAGAUUACAAAGAGUCCAUCUUUAAGCUUCUCCCACAGCUCACUUAUCUGGAUGGAUAUGACAUCGACGACUGCGAGGCGUCUGACUCGGAGGGAGACGGGGUCGAGGAUGAAGAAGAAGGUCUGGAGGGCGAGUCUGAGGACUUCGAGGACGAGGAGGAAGACGAUGAUGAAGAUGUUGUCGCUGAAGAGGAUGAGGACGACGACGAUGAAGAUGAGGAUGGAGAAGUGAAUGGUGAUGUUGACAGUGAAGAUGAUGAUGAGGAUGACGACGAUGAAGAGGAUGAUGAUGAGGACUCUUCUCCGACUAAAGGAGAGAAGAGAAAGCGAGACGGAGAGGACGACGAAGAUGAUGAUGACGAUGACGAUUAAUAGAGACCGCCCCGUUUCCAGAACCACGUGACCUCCUUCUGACUCCUCCCACCUGCAUCACAUGAUCUUCUCAAACACCCAAACAUGGCCGCAUUCAAUCACUUCCUCUUCCAGGUCUUAUUACCCUGUACAACUUUAUCCAAAUGUAAAAAAAAUCACAUCCAGACUGCUAAAGAAUCAACUAAAUUAAGCUUUAUAAACCAGAACAUAGAAGGGUAUGUGCAUUGCCUUAAAGAUACACUUUGUAACUUUUGGUGGAGGAGUAUGCCACCUGCUUGUGAUGUCCUUGUUACUGCAUUGCCUGGAAUGUUUCACAGUAUGGCAUUAAAUUUAUCUUCAUGGAGACAAGCUUGCGAUGCCACCUGGCCAAAUUAAAGGUCAGAUCUGUGGAGAGGUGACCUCGCUUAGUUUGAAUGCUGUGAAGGCUUCUUUUUUUUAUUAUUUAGCAGUGACAAACCUCUAUCUUGCAUUGCAAUUGCAGGCAAAUUUAAUGCUGUACUAUGGAACAUUCUCAGAGACAAGCCAAUAGUGGGACCCCUCUCCAAAGGAAAUGUUACAUGGUGAAUCUUUAAGCGCUCUUUAGUCCCUCAACUGGCAGCUUAAAACCAAGUAACAGUACAAUGAUUCCCAAAAGAUUAUAAUAUUUUGUGCAUAUUGAAGUGGUAGUCUUGUAUGUGUACAAAAGUGGUCUAGGAUACGUGGGCAUGCAUCGUUGUUUUUCCUUCAAUAGUUAUUGUCAACAGUUUUUGGAGUAGCAGAUGGGAGCAAUGACAAGUUUAAUGUAGGGGAAAAAUACAUAGCUUUUAUUGGCUACCAAGUCUCCUUUUUCAUUGGUGUGUUGCAUUUAAAAAGAAUUAUAAUCAAUUAUUUUAACAUUUUUAUUUUGUUCCUCCUUUAUACAACUCCAGAAAGAAGGUCUCCCCAGUAAAAGUUCCGCAAUGUGGCAUCGAAAGGUGCAUUGUGUAACUUUUCUGUUGGACUGUUUGUCAAAUGCUUUUCUCCAUGGAGAUGUUAUCGCGUUGUCUGAGAUGUUUCACAGUAUGGCAUUAAAUUUAUCUUCAUGGAGACAAGGUCAUACAGUUUGAAUACUUUUUUUUUAAGCAAUGACAAACUUCUAUCUUGCCUUUAUUCAAUUGCAAGCAAAUUUUUAAUGCCUUACUAUGGAACAUUUUCACACUAAGUAAAUUGAGACAAGCAGAUAGUGGACCCCUCCCCAACCAGAAAAGUUACAUAGUGAAUCUUUAAGCGCUUUAGUCCUUGAACUGGCGACAUUUCUGUGCUACAAUACCACCUAAAAACCUGGGGAAAUCUUUUGACAGCAGCUAUGUGAUCCUAGUUAUAUUACGCACAUGAUUUAUUAAACAUUGACCUAAUUAUAAGCAGUAUUCAUUGUCAUAGCUCAGAUCUGCCAUCCCAAAGUAACGCAUGCAAACUCCUAUCUAAUGAAGGCAAUAGGUUUGUGUAGAAAACUAAAUUAAAAGACUACAAAUAUACUAAAUUAAACAAAAUUCAUAAUCCAUAAUUUUGUUGCGGCCGGUCGCGCUCAGGGCAAAUGUCUUCUCUUCUGUCUUUCGCCAAACAAAAGCUUUUUAAAAUAAAUAUUUUUGCAGAAAAUUACAAUUUUGUUGAAAUAUGCUUUUGUGUGGUUGUAGAUCCGUUCAUACACUGACUGGCUUUUGUUCUUUUUGUUGUUGAUUUUCUUUUUUUUUUUUUUUACUUUUCUGUAACUUAAAGGAAAAUCCAAAAAUAAAUACUCAAAGGACUUUGUAAAUAAAAUCUUAACAUUUUGUGACA